CUGCCGGGGCCGGCAGCGGGGCUGGCGCCGGCACCGGCGGUCGUGCCCAGGGCCCCGCCGGCAUGAGCGGCGAGCGGCGACGGCCGGGCCGAGCUCCGCGGCCUCCCCUGGGGCCCGGCGCGGCGGCGACCGCCGGGGCUCGGCGCGGCGUGCCGGGUUCGCGGGGCGGCGCGGAGCGGUGCCGGGCGGGCCCGAGCGCGGCGGAAAGUAGGAUAAAUCCUCAAGGGUGGAUGACAGAACCAACCAGCCUUUCUGCAGGUGCAGCAAAGAAAAGAGAGAGUGUUCCCACACAGCUGAUGAAGCAUAAAAAUGAAGUUGGUGUUGCUUCUGAGGAACUUGGCUCGCCAAAUGCAGCUGCAGACCUGAAAGAGCAACCUACAUCAGAAAUAAGACAAGACUGCGUAUACAGAAGUAGUGAGAGACCUGAGAAGACUGAUCUGAUUAAACCCCCUGUGAUGGAUCAGGUUGCAUCUAGAAACUGUGAACUGUACUUACCUGUUUCUAGUAAUCGUUCAGCAGUGGAGUCAUCUGAGGAGAGCGAGGAGGACAUGUAUCGUGAUGAAGAAGAAAUAGAGAGAGAGAAAAUACUACUUUGUGAAACAAACUCAUCAGAAUAUAAACUGAGUGUUUCACCUGAAAUGGACAUCAUGGAGUAUUGCAGAAAGGAAUGGAGAGGAAAUACACCAGCAGCAAAAAAGAUGAGAAAGGGAUAUGAAGCAGUUGCUCAGAAGUUUGCAUCUAUAAGGAGAAUACGAGGUGAUAACUAUUGUGCUUUCAGAGCAACUCUUUUCCAGGCAUUAAGUCAAGCUACCCAGUUACCAAGGUGGCUGCAGAGUGAGGAUUUUACUGUGCUUCCUGAAAACCUGCUAAGCAAGUAUGACUGGAUCAAGCAGUGGCAGCUCAGACAGAAACCUGGCAAGAGGAUGGGAGAAAUAAGUGAUGAAAUAAAAGAGUAUUUAAUGCUUCUAAGGAAAAAGUGGAAGAAUAUAAGUGAAAUAAAGAGUCCCCUCGAAAAACAAGAAGCUUGUGAUAAAUUGUUUAAAAAUGAAGAGGAGGAGUAUAGUCUCUAUGAAGCACUGAAAUUUUUGAUGCUUAACACUGCCAUUGAAUUAUACAACGCCGAUAAAAGUGGAAGAAGAGUGCCUGUCUUCUCCUGGCUCCUGUUUGCACGAGAUACAUCCAGCAACCCUUGUCAGUUAAUGCAUAAUCACUUGAAUCAUAUUGGUCACAGUGGAGGCCUUGAACAAGUGGAAAUGUUUCUUCUUGCUUAUGCUCUGCAGUAUACCAUCCAAGUGUACCGACUCUAUAAGUACAGCACUGAUGAGUUUAUCACACUUUACCCCAAUGACCCAGAGGAGGACUGGCCUGUGGUAACUCUCAUAACUGAAGAUGACAGACAUUACAAUAUUCCAGUCAGAAUGUGCCAAGAGACAAUGCUGUGAACAAGUAAUUUUUGGCAGACAGACCUGUGCUGCUUAUAGAGGUUUCCCAUACUAUUUUGAAACAGGACAAUGACAAAAUCCAUGUGAUUAAAUCAACAACUUGAAAUCUGUGUUUUGGAAGUUGACAUCUGAAAUAAAUUAUCAAAUAGGUACUAUCUUAAAUAAUAAAAGUUUGGCAAGCAUGGCUUUGUUUUCCAUUGAAAAAAAGAGGAAGCUUCUGCAGUCUUUUUUUUUUUUUUUAAGGACUUACUCUGAAUAAAAUUGCCACAUCUAUAGAUUUAUUCAUUUUAUUUCUUUUAGUGAGGCUCUGUGGUAAGACAUGAGCUAACUUUUUGCUCCCCAAAAUAAAGACAAUUGAAAUUUCUGGGAAAGUAUGGUGGCAGUGUCUUGGCACAUGUUUGUAAUAGUGCUUAGAAGCCAUUUAUACAAAAUUGGGUUGCAGUAAGUAAUACAAUUUUUUUGCAGCUGGAAUUUAAUGCCUGCCAUGGUUUAUGCUAUGAGAGAUGUUACUUAAGGUUUUCUAAUGUUUUGGGUUGUUUUUAACUAUAUAGGUGUCUCUUAUUUAGAAGCCACUUAUCUAUUACACUGAAAAUGAGCUGCUCUUCCUCUUUCAACCCAUGGAGAGGAAUGUGGCAAACGUGAUAAGGGAGUAUAAAAGUUGUUUGAUAGUCGGUCACAAAGUCAAAGACUACACAUAAUUCCCACUUAAAUUAUUUCAGCUCACAGGAGAUAGCCACAUGCCUGUUAACUUCCAUGUCUGUUUGUGUUAUUGUUCCUGUAGUGUUAAUCCUCUCUGGCAGCUGCUCUGGAGAACAUGAGGAUUUUAAUUUGUCCAGGGAGCGCAGUAGAUGGAAAUAAACUUUUGGUGCGGCUUACUUCUCCCACGAGUGGAGAUAGGAUAGGUUCUGUUCCUGCUUAGUUAUUCAUUAUGCUUCAAAACUGAAGGAAUACAGAAGGUAUCAGAUGCUGGAAGUGCUGAGAGAUCUUUAAAAAAUAAUUAAAUGAUGAAGCGUUCAGCUUUUAGGUACAAGUAGAAGUAUGUCCUACAGAUGACUUUUGGAACAAAAGAGUGAAAGCUGAUUUAACUGAAGUGCUGGUCAUACAUGGGUCACUUAGAAGGCCUUUGUAUGUAAAUAGGGUAAGGUUAUAAAAACUUCUCAUUUGAAUAUUCUGGAGAAAGUGGCAUGCCCAGUUCUUCUGUUCUAGUUGAAAUUAAUUAGUUAACUAUUAUUGUGAGAGGUGAUAUACACAAUGAAACUGUGUAUUCACAAUGUUCUAAAAUAUUUUAAACACAUUAAUGAGGCUUAUCAUGUACUCAGUGUCAUUUUUGUCAUGUUUUCAUUGCCUUCUAUUUGUUACUGAAAAUUUCUGGGAGCUACAAGGGAAUAAAAAAAUUUGGCAGCA